AUGAUGCUCGAGUGCGGACCUGCUCUCUUCCAGACUCUGUAUAAAAACGUUAUCCCGUAUCUGUUGGAGUACGAGUCGGUUGAGCAAAACUCCUUAUACGAAGAAACUAUCGCCAUUCCAGAAUGGUCCACCGACAAAGUACCGAGUCAACCGGAGUUUGAUUUGCAAAUGUCAUGCAGGUUGCAGUCCACCCAGGCGGCAAUGCGUUACGUUGCAAAGUGUUGGGGACUUUCGUGUGCUGCUAGCACCCACCUAAGAACAGCACCUAACGUCCUCCUGGUGGGAUCACUCAGCCACGUGCUGUCAGCACUCGAUCAGGUCGCAACUUCCUCCGAGAAAUCGCUCUCGUGCUCGCUGUUCUGCAUUCAAUGGUUUUGUUCCCUCGUUUCGGCUGCCUACGAGAUGCGUUUGGAUGCAAUAUCAACCUGGCCUACCGUUCGAACACAGGCAGAGCUUUUGCUGCUACGGCUGCUGCACCAGGUAGACAUACUCAAAGGAACGGAGCCUACAGACGCACGCUUCAGUCAGUAUUUUCUGGCUGCUUGGCUGGCUUACCUGCCUGCUGGCCAAUUCGAGCAAGUUUUCAACUUUCUAGCAAGCAGAACAAACAACUAG